AGUUUGUAUAAAACGUAUGAUACACGUGGUGCUGAUUUCACUCUUACUAUACAAAUUUGACAGUUUACACCGCCCAUACGAUUUAUACUUUUAAAAAUGACGAGAUCUUCAGUUGCGCUUUCGAUAAUCUUCACAAUUUCAGGUAAUCAUAGUAUAUUGUAUUCUUUUUUUUUCAAUAAAACUCUCAGUAAAAACUCUCUAAAAAUAUUACUCUCAUCAAAUAUAUUUUUGAAAAUGUGUAUUUUCUUACUCACCUACUUUAAAAAAUUUAUAAAAUUCUAUAUAUUGUCAAUCUAUAAGAAUUUUUUUUUGGGAUCCAUAAAUCAUUUCGUAAUCGUAAAAUCAAACGAUUCUAAUUCAUAUUUAAUUUAUUGAUUUUUUUACAUAAUUUUUAUCUAAAUUAUUUUUUAAAUAAAAUAAAAUUUAUAAAUUGGCUAUAACUCUAUAUUUAUAUAAUAUACAAAUCAUUAAUUAUAAUUUUUACGAUUUAUUUAAUAAAUGUCAACAUUAUUUUAUAGUUUUUUAAAUAUUAUUAUUCUUGACGUACAUAACUCGGGAUUUUUCAAUGGGAGCUAAAUAUAAUAAAUUAAAAUUAUAUAUACUUUAUGAAGUAUCUUUACUGGAAGGCUACUUAAAUCUCUUUUUUCAAGCCAAAAAAUCAUUCAUCUCUUUUACUUAUUGUUCUAGAUUGUAGCAGAUCGUAAAUUGUAAGCAUUAUAUUUUGAGUAAAAUAUAGCUACAUUUAUUAUAAAAAUCCUUUGUUUGAGGUAAUUUUGCAAAUACAUAAUUGUGUAGUGUAAUUAUUUGUACUUAGUUGAGUAAUUUUUCGUACGUUUAAUAAGGAGGGCUCGAUUAGAUUCAGCCUAUCACUGUCACAGAAAUUACAGUGGCCCCGGUUAGGUUGACUCCUGUCAACUUUAAUAGUUUCUAACUAGAAAAUAAAUUACAAUUGCUUGUGUUCUUUUCCAACAAUUUUAUCAUACAUUUAAAAUUAAAACGCAUAUUCGUAAAAAUAUGAGUAAAUUACCACUAAGUAGAUCUUAUAAUGAACCUCGUUUCAAAUUAUAUAACUUUUAUAUGAACCAAUAAAACUGUAUCCACAGUCCACAUAAAAACAAAUAAGUUUAAGUAUAAAGUAUUAAGUAUUAAGUAUAAAUAACUAAAAAAUAUUUUUUAAAUUUAACACCUCUAAAAAAUACUAUUAUUUUGUAGAAAUUUCAGAUCUCUACAAUUAUUUUUCACCAAAUUACAUUUAUUACAUUUAUUAUCAAAAGUAGAAGGAAAAAAUGAUCUUAAUACACCAAUAAAAUGAAAUUCUGGUCAAAAACUCAUAGGAAAACGUGUUAUUAAUACAAGUAUAAAAGUAUAUAUUUUCAAGUAUAAACCUUAGAUCACUGACCCAAAAUUGACUACAGAAAGCAGCCUUUUGUCUUCUGGGAUAGUAAACUAUAUGCUAUUACGCCCCUGCAGUGCAAUAAUUAUUGUUUUAUUAAAUAUAAGUCCCCUUAGCCCUCGAUAACAACACGUUUAGGCGAGUAGCUAAGGAGGGGACCCAUGAGGUCCAGAAUCCCACAUCAAAGUUUGCUCAAUGAUGUACAUAUAUCGUAUCAAACUAAUAUAUCUAAUAAUGAUAACAUGCAAUUUUAUGAAAAUGGACCAUCCCUUCGAAAUUAAAUCUUGGUUACGUGCCUGGACUAGUUUAACAUAUCUGCAUACAUAUUUAAUGCAAAAUUGAUUGCGCAGAAAUAACUGUUUUACAUCGAACAAAAAAUAAAUCUAAUAAAAAAUAUUAUCUAGAUUUUUUUCAUUUUGAAGAAAAGUACCUAUAAAAUAAAUUCCCUUUAUUAUUUAUACACAAAUUAUAAAACUAUUUUACUAAAACCAUAUUAGAUUCUGUGUGUAGUGAAGAAGUUAUUAUAAUUUUACUAAAUUAUGUGGUUUUUUCUCGAAUAAUAUUUGUUGGUAUGUUGGUAUGUUAGUAUGUUAUGUAGUAAUGCUCCGAUUUUUUCACAGGUUCUUUUAAAAGAUCUGAAAUUUUCACCUAAUGGUACUUUAUUAAAAACAUUUCUAGUUUCCCUACAGUUUUUAUCAAAUUAAAAAAAUUAAAUUUAUUUUUUUUUAUUUUUAUACUGUGUACAGAAAUUCUACCAAAAAUCUAGUUCCGAAAGUUAAUUUUUCUUUUACGAUACUUUAAAAAGGUCAUUUUUUGAAUUUUAAGUAUUUUUCAAAAUAAUUGCAAAAAAUCUGGAAAAAUAUAUAUAAAUAAUGCUUUUAUUGUUUUUAAUUUUGUGUUUUCUUGUAAUUUAGUUAAAAAUAUUUUUAAAGACUUGAAUUUCGGAAAAAAACUUUAAAUUUGUUUUUUGCCUUUUAUGGACGGAGUAAAAUUUUAAAAACAUUUGAGUCAUUCAUGAGUUAUUUAUAGACAUUUUAAUUUUAUCGAGUUUUUUAUGUAAUAUUUAUUUGAUGCGUUAGGUGAAAUUAUUUCAAUCAAAAAUCAAUUCUGAGUGGAGCAAUUUUAGUAUUAUUAUUCGUGUUACUCGUAAUAUUUUGUACCACCGGGUAAAAAUUCUAUACCUUUUUUUAGAUACUGUGUAAGAUAUCGAAAUAUUUCACUGACCAAAAAGAGUGUUUUAAAAAAACAUAAAGUGCAAUUUUUGGAAAAUUUAUUAAUCGUUUUGAAAGAUGUUUUUAAAAUGUAUCAUUAAUUUUAAAAUGAACUUCUUUAAAUAUAAUGCAUGAAAAAAUAGGAGCACUUUUACUAACCAAAAUAGUGAUUUUAUAAGAAAAAAUAACACAUCUUAGUAAAACUUCAGUCCUUUCACUACACUAACAUUUUAAUACAUAAAUCUAUAUGGAAGGUAUGAGAUCACUCAUACAAUAUUUACUUAACAAAAUAUUCAUUUCAUUUCAAGGUUUUUUCUAAAGUUAGUCGAAUUUUUGAACCCAGAAAAAAAACCAUAGAUAAAAUACCCAUGUAGUCCACCCCCUUAAUUUUUCUGCUAAGUAUAUAAAAUAAAUUUUCAUAAAUUUUUCUAUAAUACCACUGUAAUUAAUAACAUACAUGAUCAUAUAUAAAAAUAUAUUUUGAACUUCUCAAUGAUAAAAUCAUCAUAAUUUACUGAAGUUGUAAGAUUUUGCUACACAAAAAUCAUGAACACAUGUAUAUAAUAUUGUACAUACAAACCUCUGGAGACGAGCUAUUAGUACAAAUCUCAAUAAAUUUUAAUUGUUUUAAACAAGUUUUAUCAAUUCCAGUAAUUUUCAUUUUAUUAUAAUUCGUGUUUUGUAAUAUUCUUUGUUCAUAUCAGUUAUAGGUGUAAACUGUCAAUAUCAAACGAUCCCCAGGGACUCACAAAUAUGUACAGAAAGACAAGGAGUAUGUUCUGAAGACACAGAUUGCUGUACUCAGUUUUGUGCAAAAUCAUCCUUUUUGUUUGGUGGAAUUUGCAGUGAUCCAAAAUCCCUAGUAAAAACUAAUCGAUUUGCAACAGAAGGUAAUUUCAUUCAAAAAUUAUAAAUUACUUUUAAAUAUAAAAAUUAUGAAAAUUUCAUUUAAAUUUGUUUUCCUAUACGGAUAGUUAUGUAUGGAAAAUGUGCAUACAUCAAGAAUACUAGUGUAGCAGAAUCCAAUGAAUUAUUUGAAGAAUUUGGAGUAAGUGCAGCACAUAGGACAUUAAAUCCUUACACAAAAGUCCUGGUGCAAUAUGGGGAUAAUAAUAUAAUUGUCACCAUCAAUAACCGAGUUCCAGCGGAUAAUCAAACACUUGUGCAAUUGUCAGAUAUAGCGGCAAAAACAUUGGGAAUUAAUGAUGGAGGAAAUUUGGACUGCCGUAUUAUUGUGGAAAAUCAAUCUUUCUUGUAUAGUUUAAUACGCCAUUAUCCUUUCUUUUUAAUUGUAGGAGGAAUAUUUGGUGGAUUACAAAUAAUUGGACAUUUGAUUUAAAAACAAUAAAAAAAUUAUUUAUUUCAUAUUGAAUACCUACCUAAAAAGUAUAUAAAAAUUAAUUUUUAUUUCUAAUGAUUUAAACUUAAUUUAUAAUGUAUUCAUGUGAAUUCAUAUUAAAGUUAAAUUUGGAAAACAAAUAUUUCAAUGUAAAUGAAUCUAUUAAGGUGGUACAUACUAAAAUAUAAUAUCCUCAAAUUAAUAUUAUGUAAAUUGCAUGUAUUAUUUGUGUUUAAUGUAUAGGUAUUGCCAAUAUAAUAAUAUUAAUCAUAAUAAUAUUAAAUUUAUAAUAAAUUCAAGAAUUAUUUUUUUGUAUUUAAAAAAUACAUUAUAAAUAUUUUUAUUAAAGUUCAUACUUGAAAAUACUGAAAUAUUAACUACAGUAUUGGUAUAGCUUUUUUUUUUUUGAUGGAACCGGUAUGAAAAAAAAAGGGUCAUUGGAACAAAACUAGGAUGCAACUACAUAAAUGACCUAACUUAACUAUAGGUUUAUUAUCAACGAUCGAAUAAAAUAUAAACAGAUGUAGUUAUUUUAGGUAGGUACCGCUUAGGUAGGUAUUGCGUUCUACUAAUUGCACUGAUAUGCUUUAAUACAAAAAUAAAUAUUAAUAUUAAUAAAUCCAUUGACAUCCAUUAUCCCAUUUCCUUAUGGGAUAGUUCGAUAAUUAUUUCCGUUUGCUUAUGUUUAGUUUUUUUAUAUAUAUAUAUAUAUAUAUAUAUAUAUAUAUAUGAGUGUAUAUGUAUAUAUAAUUAAUUAACUUCUCUUUUAUUAAAUAUAAAAUUUGAUUUUGUCAAAAAUGUUUUUUUAUUUUUCAUAAAUAGGUAGUUAAUAAUUAAUUAAAACAUUACAGAUUAAGAUUGGUCGUAAAGUAUAGAUAGGUAAUGUAAAUGUUUCAUUGAUUAUUUUUAUGUAAUAUAUUAUAUUAAAACUAAUAUUUGUAUUACCUACCUACUUAUAUUAUUCUAUUUUAGUAUGACCAAUAUUUAAAAAAAUACAACACACAAUAUUGUAUAAUUUAUACGAUACUAUAGAUUAAGUAUACAAUAUAAAUUCAAUAUAUUUAAUCUAUAACGAUACUGAGUUGUAUAGCUAUAGUUGUAUAACUAUAGUUAAAAAGUAUUUAAUUACCUAAUUAUAGAGAUAUAAUACCGUAGUUUAAAAAGUACUGACAAUAACUUGAUACUGUGAUAUUUUGCUUCAGUCUUCAAUAUACGAAAUAAAUAUAAUUAUUUUUAAAACAACAAUCAUCAAUUAAUCUAAUAAUUAAUUGAUUAGGUAACAAAUAAUUCAGUUCAGUUCAGUUUUAUUAUACGAAAGUACCUAAUGAUUUUUGAUCUCGAUGCCCGUGAGAAAUUUUAAUACUAUAGUCACAAUAAUAAUCAUUGGUAAUACUCUGGUAGGUAAUACUUGAUAUAUUAUAUAACUAUUAUUUAAAUUGUUUGAGUACGAAUUGUUAAACAGCUAUAAUAAUUUAUAUUAUAAAAAUAUAGCUAUCAAUUUACGUACUUUAUAA